CGGAGCGGCGGCGGCGGACCCCCCAGGCGGGCUGGGGCUGAGCCCGAGGCCGGGGCGGGGGCUCCGGGGGGACCAUGCCCGGAGGCCGGCCGGCCGCAGCAUGGCUCACGGGGCCGGCGCGCUGAUGCUCAAGUGCGUGGUGGUCGGGGACGGGGCGGUGGGCAAGACGUGCCUGCUCAUGAGCUAUGCCAACGACGCCUUCCCGGAGGAGUACGUGCCCACCGUCUUCGACCACUACGCAGUCAGCGUCACCGUAGGGGGCAAGCAAUACCUUCUGGGACUCUAUGACACGGCCGGACAGGAAGACUAUGAUCGUCUGAGGCCUUUAUCUUACCCAAUGACUGAUGUCUUCCUAAUAUGCUUCUCUGUGGUAAAUCCAGCCUCAUUUCAGAAUGUGAAAGAGGAGUGGGUGCCGGAACUUAAGGAAUACGCACCCAAUGUCCCCUUUUUACUAAUAGGAACUCAGAUUGAUCUCCGAGAUGACCCCAAAACUUUAGCAAGACUGAAUGAUAUGAAAGAAAAGCCUAUAUGUGUGGAACAAGGACAGAAACUAGCAAAAGAGAUAGGAGCAUGCUGCUAUGUGGAAUGUUCAGCUUUAACCCAGAAGGGAUUGAAGACUGUUUUUGAUGAGGCUAUCAUAGCCAUUUUAACUCCAAAGAAACACACAGUUAAAAAAAGAAUAGGAUCAAGAUGUAUAAAUUGUUGUUUGAUUACGUGAGAAAUAUCUACAGUGGCCAAGGAAACUGUCCUUUUUUCUCAGAAAGCAUAUGAAAUGCUACAGCUAUACCCAGACCUCUUAUAAUGAAGCAGUUUAAAACUUGAAAAACAAAAUCCUGUCCUCCAAAUUCUAUAAAGUUCAUUAAGAAUGUUUCUUAAAGAUCCAAGAAGCAGUAAACAGCAUCUGAAGCCACAAUCUAUUAUAAAUACUUUAUUUCAACUAGAAGGUACAAUCUCUCAGGGGUUUCAUAGUUUAAAAAAAGCUACAAUCACAUCAUGUAACUACAUAAAAAAACAGUGCUGUAAAUGGAACUGCCUGGCUUGGACCAUACACAUUUCUGCACAGUCUUUAUGGAAUCCGCACAAAGAAAUAUCUUCUCCCUUUGCUCCAAUUAAUUGUUCUUGUAUGUAAGUUGCUUUCUAUUCCAGUAUAUCCAGAGUGGUGAAAUAACAAGACCAGCCACGUAGCCAAAGGUCGCUCCAAGCGUACAGGAGAUGGGCCAUACCUGAGGAGAGAAUGUAUGAGAUCAAAAAGGAACAAAUGUUUUCUGACUACUUGAGCACAAGUUAAGUGUAACCUAACUAUUUCUAUAUUAAAGCUUCAUGUGCUUUCUUAAAGAAUGCCAAAAGUGUAAUAAGGUCAUAACUGCAUUUUUAUGAACACUGAAAAUGCACACAUUUUAGUUAAUGUGUAUUCAACUGUUGUAAUAAGGCUUCUUGUAGAUUUAGUUUAAUGCUCCCCAGACUGCAUGAGAUACAUGCUAAAAUUACAAAUUAAAAUUUUGGGUCAGACUCCGCCAUAACCCUGGAUUCAAUUUAGCCCUCUGAACUAGUUGGUAAUUUUUCUUUAAUUUCCACAUUGGCUUGUAUCUAAUGAAAUGACAAGUAUAUAUGAUGACCAAACCACAAGGAACUUUUUUUAAAUUGUGCUAAAGAGAAAAGACCUAGAAUUCAAGCAUGCCACGUGGAAUUUAUAACAAAGCAAGUGCUCCCAUAAUGAAAUGCCACCUUUCAGAUAGAUAUUGGAACCACAGUAGAAGGUAUAGAUAGAACUACAACGCAUGUAGGCACCCAGAGUGUAAGUUAAAAUACUGGCUUCCAAAUACCCAUUUUCUCCAGCAAUGUUACAUUUAACAAUAUUACAUCAAGCCAGAAGUAAAUGAUGUUGAGAUAUUUCAUCCAUGAGAGUGCAAGUUGGUCCCUAGGUGAAAGGGUCUGCUUUAAAAAAAUGGAGACAAAAUUUUCAUGUUCAUCUGUGAAGCUUAUUUUGUAUACUGGAACCAACUGUAAUCUCUGGGAGAACAGGCCAUAGAACUGUGUUAGACAGGAACCAUCUUAAUUACAAUUAAGCUUCUUUGUUUGGUCUGCUGUGGAUCUGCCUUAUUCCACCUACCAUGCAAUGGACAAUAGUAUUAGACAAAGUUUCAGUGUGAACAAACUAACACAGUUCAGAGAAGCAUAAUCUAAUCCAUUCCCACCCCCCCAACCCUGCCGCCCCUGCCUUUCCUACAUUUAAAGUUGCUAUUGCCUAAAUUAUGAUACCUUUAUGUCUUUGGUGAGUUUGUUAAUUUCCAUGACUACAGCUAUGUCUAUUGCACAGAUUGGGUAAUGAAACACUAAACUUUUAUACUUGAAAAUGACAGCCUUAAAUGAUCAUAUAUCAGUCACAAAUCUAGGAUGUACUGUCUUGUAUGUGAGCUUUGUAGAGUUUUUUUUUAAAUACACACAUCAUCUUCCCCACUGACGAGUGGAGAGUCUACUGAAUAACCAGACAGGAGUUUCUCUCUGGGGUGAACACUGGGGUCUUCUUUCUCCCAAGAAGUGGUGGUUCACAUAAAGUACCAUGGCCUUAUGUAUGCUUAAAUGGGAUCUUAUGUAACCUUUUCAAUUAAUUUUGGUCUGCUAUUUUUAGACAGAAUUGGAAAAAAACUGUAUAAACCAACUAGCAUAUUAGUUAAUUGUCCAACACAUGGUAAAAAAUAAUUAAGACAGUAAAGUAUUAUACAUUUCCAACUUGC